GGACGCGCGACCUGGCCGGCGCUGGAGGAAGGAGCCUGCUGAGGGAUGCCCAAGAAGUUCCAGGGUGAGAACACCAAGUCGGCAGCGGCCCGGGCACGGAGGGCUGAGGCCAAGGCAGCAGCUGAUGCCAAGAAGCAAAAGGAGCUGGAGGAUGCCUACUGGAAGGACGAGGACAAACACGUCAUGAGGAAGGAGCAGCGAAAGGAGGAGAAGGAGAAGCGGCGCUUGGAGCAACUGGAACGCAAGAAGGAGACACAGCGCCUGCUGGAGGAGGAAGACUCCAAGCUCAAGGGUGGCAAGGCCCCCCGGGUAGCAGCACCCAGCAAGGUCACCCGUGCCCAGAUAGAGGAGACGCUCCGCCGAGACCAUCCCCACAAGGAAGCACCGGACCCAGCUGAAAAAGCCAAGAGUCACCUGGAGGUGCCGCUGGAAGAGAACGUGAACCGCCGUGUGCCCGAGGAGGGCAGCGUGGAGGCACGCACCAUAGAGGAUGCCAUUGCAGUGCUCAGCAUGACGGAGGAGGCUGACCGGCACCCUGAGCGCCGUAUGAGGGCAGCCUUCACUGCCUUUGAAGAGGCGCAGUUGCCCCGUCUUAAACAAGAGAACCCCAACAUGCGUCUGUCACAGCUGAAGCAGCUGCUCAAAAAGGAGUGGCUGCGCUCACCGGACAACCCCAUGAACCAGAGGGCCGUGCCCUUCAACGCCCCCAAGUGAGCCUGGAAAUGGGGUAGCCAUUCCAUGGGGAGUCAGGGUCAUGACCCUCUACGCCUUCCCGCCAGGUCAGCUCCGACGGUUGCAGAGAAGGUGAGCCAUGGCGCCUGUAUCCUAGGAGCUAGGUGGCAUCAUUGGCUGUGCACGCCUCCUGCCAGGUGGUCCCUGCCCCCAGUAACACCCACUCCCAUUUCCUGUACGUGUGGAGCCCGGGACUGAGUACCCAAUAAAGUUGGACAGUGAGGCAGUGUGUGCACUUGAAGUCUAUGCGA